AUGUCGACCUUCUCUCUCUCCCAUCUCCCACCACGACCCCACAUGUGCUUUAUUGUCGGUUCAAUAGACCAGGUCACCAAGGUCUGCCCUCUUUGCCAGGUAUUCCCACAUCCAAGAUGCCCGCACGUCCGCGAUGUCUGUCGAAACCGCGCAAACCACCCUAACUUGACAAUCUCCUUCCUGAAGAAUGCUGAAGUCGAGUCAUUCAACGGCUGUGGCUAUUGCAAGUGGGCCCGGGCCAGCACCAAGACGAAUAACGGCUGGCCGGGCUGUUGCCGUGCGCCUACGACGAGUGAACACAAGUUUAUCCAGCUUGCCGACUGGAAGGCUAUCAGUAUCAUCCACCAUGUCCCAACCCCCCCAGAGAUCAAGUCCGUCCUCGAUUCCGCAACUUCCCAGACUCGCACCAAGCCGGCCAAAUCGCCAGCCAUGCCUAUUCCGAUGAAGAGUCGUGUUGGCGGCAGCCCGCAAAUGACCCCGUCCUCCAUUGCCGGUACAAGUUCUCGAUCACUCCCUUCGGCUUCCCACAUUGAGAGACCCCGGCAUUCCCUCGACUCAACACCUGCGUCGUCUAAUUCCUCUCCAAACAGGAAACAUGUAGACCUGGACCCAGUCUCCCCGCGAAGAAAUUCAGGGGCUCGACCGCCAACUAGUACGACAAAGCCUAAACCCAUCACCAAGACAUCGCCUCCAGCCACAACCAAGGUGCUUGCAAAGCCUGUUGAGCUUCCCAGGCCAUCCAGAAAGCUGGAUAUCGAAACAUCCAGCACCUCAAGCAGUGGCAGCGACAGCAUCAGUUCAGGGUCCUACACUGAAAGCACUGUCACCUCAGAUGGAGGGUUUACUGAUUACCUUUCUUCCGAGUCCGAGGAGGAGCUUCAGAGGCAGGCAGAGGCCAAGGCCGCAGUUGUUGUCCAGAACGAGGCCGAGGAGAACGAGUUUAGGAUGGCCAGACAGAUGUUGGCCAAUAUUACCACUCGUCCUCCUCGUAGUUGGCUUCCGGAUAGCGAGAGAGCACGAGUCGCGUCGACGCGAGGCUGA